AUGACGGUUGGUAGUCACGUGGCGGAAAUAGUGAGACAAGGGAUUUGGGCAUCGCUCACCGGUGGAUGGUACUAUGAACCAGGCUAUACGCUUUUCUGCAAUGCUGUCCAUUUGUAUUUAUGGCUCAUACUCUUUCUUAUUCCUCUCUUGCUAGGACUAUCUUUUGACAGUGUAACGUCAGUGUACAUUGCAGUGGCGUAUGUGACCUUCAUAAUUCUUCUGUUUGUAAUACUCAAAUUCACGGUCUCAUAUUUGCAUAACUUGUUUGACACUGUUGACCCAACUCCUUAUCCACCUGUCCGGUCACUGAAGGUUGGAAGUUUUUCGUGUGAGACGGCGCAAAACUCGAAUGAAAAGCUUAGGGAUGAAGGAAUUGAAAUGGUGGAUUUGCGGAAGAAAUGUGAUGAUGAAGCUGAAGGUUUAUGUUGUAAUGUAUCUCGAAGCUCGUUAGGACAUCGACAGUGUGUGCGAAUUGGUGGAAAUUCUGUUUCAUCUGUAGAUGCAGAAAUACGGAUAUGCAAGGAAGUUGGUGGAGAAUGGAAUGAAGAUCGAAGUAGUGGUCGGCAAUCCGGACAGGGAUUGCUUGCGUCGCCAAUAACAGCACUUCUUCCUGUAGAUAGCCUUGAAUUAUUGCCGACCGGAAUAAGGCAUCAGUCAGACAAUGGCAAAAUUGAAUGCAUUGGGAUCGAUCGAAAGUUUUCUGAACCAUGUUUAAAGGAGGCGCACAGAUGGAAUCGAACACGACGUCGACGUUUGAGUGAUACUGGUCCACUUGUACGUCGUGCAAAAUCAGCCUUCGAAACUUCAAAUAAAGAAGGUGCUGCUAUUGGAUCAAUGUUAAGUGAACGAACGUUAGAAGAAUGCAAACGGAUAACUCGUAAAUCUUAUCCAACGAAAAUGAAUAGUACAGCGGUUUUUCUAUCAAGUGCUCUAACAAAACGCACCUGUCCAUCUCAUUCAGGUGGGCUUAAUUUUGACAGUAAGUCGAAAACUGGUUCGAGUGAUCCAUGUUAUUCAAAUAAGAAAAAUCCUAUUAUGUUUGAUGAAGGCAACGAACAGCAAAUUCCAGAAAGGAUUAGUAUGUUAGACAUACCGUCUACUAGCAAAGAAGCUGAAAAGAAAACUUUUGUUAUGGAAACUGUCGUACACCUAGAGCCGGAUUCUGAACCGAAAACAAAUAUAUCUUCGGGUGAAGGCUGGAGACCCAUCUUUGUUUCUCUUGGUGAUUUGGAAAGACCAUCAACAAGUACAUUACAUCGAACAUCAGAGCGGAUUAACGGAGAUGAUAACAUCUCAAUAAUUGGAAACAACUCGAAAGGAAUAGAUUUAAAGGGUGAAAUUACCAAGUUUUUGGAAGAAUUGAUUGAUAAACAUCCGGAAACGUUGGAUGCUAUUGAAAGUGUAAGAAUGAAUAGAUUAGGACGAGGUCUUAGUUCUGCAAGCUCUUGCCUUCAUUCUCAUCCACCGACUGUGGUACAGCCGAGGAUGGUUGAAAGAAACUCUGCAACAGUAGCGGCACUUUCGAAUUUGGCAAUGAAAGAUGGUACCCAUGUCGCAUUAGAUCACGAGGAUACUUCGCAAGGAGCCGUUCAUUCAUUUCAGGACGAAGAUGGAAAUUGGUGGACAUACGUUUUUGAUGAGCAUGGUGUUGGAACUGCUCAUGUGUUGGGUAGUAGUCGUGCUUUGAUGGAAAUGAUUCAGAACAACAACACUGUAGCCAAUGUAAAACUAGCAGCUUUGUCAGAAAGUGAUUCUGAUUCAACAGAAGAUUCUGAUAUCGAUAAACCGGCAGCAGCAAAUAUAGCUGAAGGUUGUUCGCGCACACAACUUUUGGAAGGUACAUCAUUAUCUGCUACCGAUCGGUGUAGGGCGUUGUCAUCUUCAUCAACAGAAAGCAGCACGUACAUUGCGGACACUCCCAGUGCUAUCUACCACGCUUCAAGCUCUGCACUGAUGUCGAGACAUCCAAAUCAUGAUAGACAAAUAGUAUCGUUUUCUAUGAUGGCUGCUCGCCUCAGAAAUGCUACUAGACGGCGCUCACAUGGGAGUUUUAUUCGUGUUAAUAACUUUCUUGAAGAACAAGCUGCAGAAAGAAUGCCUCAAGUAACUCACCUGAUGUCAACUAAUGAACACCAAAGAGCAUUAGAUGAUGCUAGUCGUGCAUCUAUACGUACUGGCUCACCGCGAGUUCUUCGUCGCAUGCCGUUUUUUUCCGACAUGUCCGGAAUUGGUACAUCGGAUUCAAGCAGAAUUAAUACUCGGAAAAAGAGUCAUUACUAUCGAAUUAAACUGCUUCCUUCUCUUACUGGCGGAAAAGGAAUAAAGUUGGAGAUGGAUCGGCUUUCAGUGGCAGCUUUAUUUGAUCGUAACAGUACUUUAUUUUCAACUCUAUUUGAUAUUUUUUUGGCAUCAGUAGUUGCGCUUCUAACGGCAAUCGUUCUCUCGCGUUCCAUAUAUUAUGAUAUGUCUCUCGUUCUUUUCGCUUUCGUUGUUGCCGGAACACAUUUUUCUUUACUAAAAAGCGUACAGCCAGAUGCGGCAUCACCAAUACAUGGAUUUAAUUGGCUUGUAACAUAUUCAAGACCAAUUUACUUUUCGAUUAUUGCCAUAGCAAUGCUUUUAAUAAGUGGUGAUUGGUGGGAUUAUCGUGACGCAGUCCGUUCUCUAGAAUGGAAAUGGAAUUUUUAUCAUACGCAGAAUGUUUCAUUAAUAUCUAUUCUUUUGGCCUGUCGUAAUAUACUGUCAAUUUUAUUAAUUCUCUUACCUAUUGCUUUUACUUUCGGCUUAUUACCACAGGUAAAUACAUUAGCACUGCAUUUACUGGAGCAAGUGGAAAUGAAUGUUUUUGGUGGAACUGCAAGUUUUUCCUUGUUGUCCGGAUUUAUUCAAAUUAGCAAAAGUUUGAUGGCUUUUGGUUUCCUUUGCUUUAUCUCAAAAAUUGCAAAACGUGCAGAUCCCAAUGGAACACAGAAUGCUUUUUUUUCAGCAUUUAUAGCAGCGGCCGUUGCUGUUUCCUACCUUCUUUCAAGAGGUACGAGCAAUCCUGGUUUUAUGGCACUAGGUUUCCGAUACAUGAUUUCAUCGCCGAAAUGUGUUCAGUUAGAUGCAAAUCAGGAAUCAGAAAGUGAAAUGAAAGACGACGAAGGAACUCCAUGUUUAAAGGAUCCACUACCUGAUGAGUUGCGAGCUAUAAUCAUGAAUCGAAUCAAAAGCGACAUUGCUAUUUCACUUUUGGUUUUACUAUUGUUUUUUGCGCUUCACUGCACUUCGGUUUUCACUGUUGCCCAACCAUUUUUGCAAACAGUAACGUGUAUUGCGUGCAUAGUUUUCGGGUUCACCAAUCACUAUUUAUAUAUGGAACUACGAAAAAACACACCGUGGCGUAUCUUUGCACGACCGAUUUUACGUGCUUAUGAAUUUGCCCAAUUUGAAUCAUCUGUCGCUGCAAAAUUGAUGUAUUUUGAAAUUAUUCACUUUUAUAUGCUUGCCAUUGAAAGAAAUGUGUUAUAUCCUCUGUUGGUGAUAAGUACAGUAACCAGUAAUAAGUGGACAUUGCAUCCCUACUUUAUUGCUCUUUUCGCCUUGCGCAUUCUUCGUUCGGCUUUCUCGCAGCCCCAACUCAUAUUUUUACCGUUGGCAUUUUCUUUUCUUUUAACAAAAGCAGAUCUUGCCAAGUAUUCUGAUAUUGACCGGUACUUUCCGUUGUUUUUUUACUUUGCCGCACUUGUUUGGCCAAAGCUUUUGGAAUUUUCGCUGAAAAUUAAUUUUAUUCUUGCAUAUGUUGCACCAUGGCAAAUCAGCUGGGGUUCGGCAUUUCAUGCUUUUGCACAGCCAUUUAGUGUACCUCACACAGCUUUAUCAUGUAUCCAAACAAUGCUUUCUUCCAUCAUAUCUGCUCCUCUCAAUCCUUUCUUAGGUUCAUCAUUUUUUUUGACAUCUUAUGUACGACCGGUGAAAUUUUGGGAAAAGGAUUAUAAUACGCGUCGUGUGGAUCAUUCAAAUACACGUCUAAUUUCACAAAUUGACCGCGGGCCGAUGAUGGAUGAUAGUAACUUGAAUGCUGUCUUCUAUGAGCAUUUAACAAGAUCACUACAAUUAUCACUGGCAGGCGAUAUUCUCUUGGGACGUUGGUCCACAGCUGUACAACCUGGAGACUGCUUCAUUUUAGCUAGCUAUUAUUUGAAUUGUCUUAUACAUAUUAUUGAGGUCGGCAAUGGUUUUGUGACAUUUCAACUACGAGGUCUUGAAUUCAGAGGGACAUACUGCCAUCAGCGUGAAGUUAAUAUUGUAGUGGAAGCAAUAAGUGAGGAUGUUGGAGAAGGUAUGGGUUGCUGUUGUUGUUCUUUGGGUUCACUUCCUGGUAUGUUGUCGUUAAAUACAACCUGGGUUUUGCGAUGGCUUGCGUGGGAAGUUGUUACAGCGAAAUAUAUUGUUGAUGGUUACUCAAUUACUGAUAAUUCCGCUGUAAAUUUGCUCCAGGUACACGAACUGCGUCGACUAUUAGUUACAUUAUAUGUGAAGAGUAUUAUAUUUUAUGCCCUUAAUUCACCAAAGUUUGCGCAGUGGAUUCGGCUGCCUAAUAUUGGUGUUUCCCGUCAAAGUUUUACGGAACUUUAUGAGAGUUGGAUACUCCAUUGCAUAGAGCAGCAUGCACAACACAAUGCUGAUUUAAAUGCUGAAAAAACUUGCAUCAACAGAAUUAAUGCAUUCUGUUUUGCACUUUCGGUCGUUGGACGGAGAGCACUUGCAGCUGCAGCGCAUAAUCGUCAUGCAAAUGCUGCUGAAUCAUUUCUUUAUGGCUUACAUGCUUUAUUUAAAGGCGAUUUUAGGGUAACUUGUCAGCGCGACGAGUGGGUGUUUGCCGACAUGGAUUUAUUGCGAUGUGUAGUAGCGCCAGCGGUACGAAUGGCACUGAAACUGCAUCAGGAUCAUUUUACUGCUGGAGAUGAUUUUGAUGAUGCCGCACUGCUCUAUGAACGUAUCAUACAUCAUUUGACAAGAUUAUUUAUUUCACAUGAACAUGAUCCCGCUUGGAGAAGAGCUAUUAUAGCAAAUACACCGAUCCUGUUAGCUCUGCGACACAUUUAUGACGAUGGUCAAGAUGACUACAAAAUUAUUAUGCUGAACAAAAUGCACCUCAACAUGAGAGUAAUAAAAUUGAAUCGCGAAUGUGUUCGUGCGUUCUGGGCUGGACAGCAGCAAGAGUUAAUUUUUCUGCGAAAUCGGAAUCCGGAAAGAGGGUCGAUUCAAAAUGCUCGUCAAGUUUUGAGAAAUAUGAUAAACAGCAGUGCGGAUCAGCCAAUUGGUUAUCCAAUCUAUGUGUCUCCUCUCACCACUUCUUUUAUUGAUUCACAUCCUCAAGUACGCUCAUUGAGUAUCCCACCAAUGAUAUUUGAAUUUAUGUCUCGAUCUCUUCACUUACUGUGGACUUCAGUGAGAUUGAAUUUUGGUACCAGCGGAAGCAGCAAUAUACCAACGCAGCUCAUAACGGCAACAACUACGGCAGGAAUUGUAACACGCACUAAUUCAAGUAACGAAGGUCAAGCUAGCACGGAACAUCAAAGUGGGUCACUCAGUUUCGCUGCUGCAUCUGCUACAACUGUCCAAAACAACAGACGACGAUAUGCAUCGACUACUAUGCUUAGAAGGGAAAACUCUAUUGUUUCGGUUGCUGGCGAUGGUGCUACGAAAGUAACACUGUGCAAAGAUGCUUUAAAAUCUCUCGAAGCAAAUGAUACAGCGCAUAUAGGUGGAUUGUUACUAGAUUCUUCGCGAGGUGAACAAAUUCAAUAUGCUAAAAUUACUGAUAUGGAACAAGUCUUUACAUGCCUAGAUGAGCCUUUAAAAUCGACCGGUGAAGCGCUAGUAACUUGGCCUCAUGUUCGGUGGCAAACACUCGGUGGUCGUAGUUCGUGGGAUUGGAUGCCAUUGAAGGGUCAUCGAGGGAAAGUUGUACAUAAAUGGGUACCACUUCAUCCGCGACGUGAACGGCGAUCACAUGCAGGAACGAUCUAUUUGCUGUGUGUAAAGGAAAUGGGUGGUUGUUAUGUUCCCGUUGGUGAGAAUGGGAUCGAAUUCAUCACAAAAGAAGAGUACGAACGUGAUGUGAGAGCUGAAACGGCUGUCAAAAUGGAAACUUUAAAGACCUGA